AAGAGCUACAGUCUCCUUCGGAGGAACAUCUUGAGGAAGUGAAAGGAGAGUGAUAGGACAACACUCUUUGUAUGGGACCCCUACACUUCUGCUCUCUGCUUCAACUUUGGACAAACCACUUCUGCGCCCCUGCAGCAUCUGAUCUUCACUCUCGGAAACAGAAAUGGAGUCAUCUAUCACCGAGCUACCGUCCUUGCUGUCUGAAAACUCGUCGCACUCCUGCCCUCCGGUGGAAACGUCCAUUGAAAACACUCUCUUUGGCUGCUUCUACAUCCUGGUCUUCAUCCUGGCACUGAACGGGAACGGCCUGGCACUCUGGAUCUUCUCCAACCAACGUGGUUCCUCUUCACCUGCCAACGUCUUUUUAGUCCAUCUCGCCGUGGCCGAUUUAUGCUACGUCAUCAUCCUGCCCCUGAGGGCCACCUACCACCUGACCGGGGGACACUGGCCCUUUGGCGAGGUGCCUUGCCGAGUGGCCGGUUUUAUGUUUUACGUCAACAUGUAUGCGAGUCUGUACUUCCUGGCCUGUGUAGCAGCUGACCGCUACUUGGCAGUGGUUCAUGCCGUGAGGUCACUGAAAAUCCGACACGCCCGCUACGCUCACAUUAUCAGCUUCUGUCUCUGGGCGCUUGUCACGGUUUCCAUGGCGCCUCUGUUGGUCACUCACCAAACCGCAGAGGUGAAUGGUGUGACGGUGUGUUUGCAGUUAUACCGGGAGAAAGCGUCGCGUAAAGCUCUCAUCUCUCUGGCGGUGGCCUUCACGCCGCCUUUCCUCGUCACGCUCUCCUGCUACCUGCUCAUCAUUCACAGCCUGCACCGGGGUUCCCGGUUAGAGCCCAGGCUCAAGCUCAGGGCCCUGCGCACCAUCGGCCUGGUCAUGCUCAUCUACGUGGUUUGUUUCCUUCCAUAUCACUUGAGCAGAGCCACCUUCAUCCUUGGAUACAGUCACCCCGACGUUUCCUGUCAGACCAGGCGCAGCCUGAACCUGGCAAACCGCCUCACCUCUUUUCUGACCUGCCUAAACGGGGCCAUGGACCCGCUCAUCUACCUGUUCGGGGCUGAGAAAUUCCGCAGCACUCUAAAUCGGCUUCUGUGCAAAGACAAGGCAGGGAUCUCCGGCGUCACCAGCGGGGACUUGAAGGUGACACACGAGAGCUCAGUGAGUGCCAAGUCGGAACUCUAAAGGAAACUAUGAACGCAUGGAUUGGCAACUUCUACAAUUGACUCAUGUCAACGUCCUUUAUGUUUUUGGUCCCGAAACGUUGACACAUAUCACGUCUUUAAAGAUGAACCAACAAUUCUGUUCCUUCUCAAAAGUGAAAUGUAACGUGAAACGGUGGCUCUGGCGUUCAGUCCAGCCAGUUCAUGAACAUGAAGAGUCAGGGAUAUAGUUCCUAAUAUCUAAAUGGCCGCGUUUAAAAAGAAAAAUCCAACUUCUUUAAAAAUGCUACGACCAAAGGAAUGAUGUCCUAGGUCCUAAAUGCUCCCCUUUAGAAGUCUUGUAUUUAUUUAGUUGAGCAACGAGCUAAAUAAAGUGCUGCAGUCAUAUUCAUCUGAAAAGUCGACUGUGCCUUUAGACUGACUCUGUCGCUGUUAAUCAAAGCCUCAGUGUGAUGCGGACCACAAACAAAGACAAUAAACGUUUUCACUCUCGGCACUGGGUGUUUUAACCCGGCGGCACCAGCUGAGUGAUGAGUGGCUGAGUGUUUGUGGUCAAAAACAACUUUACAUUUUUGUUUCAAUAAAGAGAGAAAACAACUCAUUUUGGAAGGAGUCCUGACAUCAUCACAAGGUCAAACCAGGAACAACGUCUCAAGUGGGUUCAUUUAAAAAAGUGUUUGUUUUCUGACCACUUUCAGGCAUCAUUCCACUAUUUUCUGAUAUUGAAGUGAAGACUUUGUAGCAUCAAUAAUGAAUGAGUGAAUGGAUGCUGGUUUUAUAGCUGACUUUACUUUGAUGUGAAAGAUUUCCUUCAGGAAAAGACAGAUAGGUGACUUCAGAUGCUUGGUUGAGCUUCCACCUGAAUCCUUGAAACAUGGUUAUAACCAUCUGCUUUUCUUCAUCCUAUUAUUCUUUACUUCUUGUACUUCUUAUAAACCAGUCGAUAACUACAGGAUUGGUCGUGCCAUGAAAGUGUUCCAGUUUCCUUCAACCACAAAUGUCCACAUACCAUUUUUAGUGUCUUGAAGACAGUAGCACUAAUACUCCCAUAACUCACUGCAACAGUUGAAGCUCCCAUAAGAUUUCAUGAGCCAAACUUAUUCAGAUGGUCAGUUUGUGAAACUAUAAUUAUGUACUGAGCACUUGGUAACUAAAGCACUUUCCCCACAACUUUAGUAAAUGAAGGGCAUACGAUUGGGCAAACACGUUAAAGUCAUUAAAAUAUUAUUAAAAACAUAUUAAACUUCAUGCACAACAUUGCGUCUGAUACAACCACAUUGGUAAUAUAAUGCUUUCAUUUGGUAUUAAUGCUAUACGGGACUUGCUGGAGUGAGUUUGAAUUGUAGUUUGCAGUUUCAUUGUCUUCCUCGUGGAUGUCCAAAUCUGAUUUCAACAUCUAGAGAGCGUCACACGCAGCACUGGUACACACCAGACACUCUAGUUUCCUCCCACAGGCCACAGAUGGAGGCGGGAUUAGAGCGCGGGGAGAGCAGUCUUUACUUCACCUGUCUACGCUUUACACUCAGCAUCACUUCAGCAUUUCUUGUUUAAUAAGAACCUAUUGUGAGUGCUUGUUUACUUUGUGUGACAUGAGGCAGGUCUUUUUAUAUCUAAACCUUUGCAGGACCCCCUUGUGUUUCAUUUGAAUACAGCUUUUCACCAAAUAAUUCUGACAUAUUAUGUAUUAAUUACACCAUUGUAGACUAGUUAGCCUUCAUUUGUAUCACUACUGUUUUUGUCUAUCAUGUGCAUGCUGAAGUCAAGCUGGAUCUUUGUUGUCAGU